AUGACUGAUAGACGGUAUAGCCCGCAACAACAUCAAGGGCUGGUUAAUUCUGUUAUAGGCAUAUUACAAUGUCCUGAGCAACCAACGAUGGUUUCCAAACAGUUUAGUAACCAACGAAAUGUGGCAACGGAAGUACAAGCUUAUGCUAAAAUCUCAGGUAGAGACUGGACUUAUUACGUUAAAGAAUUAGAAGUUUCCAUUGGACGUAAUACGGAUAGUUUAAAUCUGCCGCCUGGUACACCUCAACAGAAGGAAGGUCGUGUUAGUAUUGAUCUGGGACCGGCAAAGGUUGUUUCCAGAAGACAUGCAGUGAUUAAAUUUAAUAUGCAACAUGGCGGUUGGGAGUUUCAUGUAUUAGGACGGAAUGGUGCGAAGGUUAAUUUUAAACGCGUACAGACAGGUGCACAAUCUACUGCCGUAAUACUAUCGUCAGGUACAAUCCUUGAUGUCGGCGGCACUCAAAUGAUGUUUAUUUUACCGGAUCAAGAACCUGUUGUAUCUCAAUCAAGCAUCGAUCAUUUACUGCCAAAGUUGGCAUCCACUUACGGUUCCCCCAAUGCUGGUGCUUAUUCACCAUUAGAUCAAAAUGCGUUACUUUAUGAUAUUUUACAAAAUGGUGGUUAUCAAAAUGGGAAUCCACCUCAUAACAGUGGCAACAUUAGCAAUAGUGAUGAACCAGGAAACAGUGUAACAGGAAAUGGUCCAUUACAAUCACAACCACCUCAACUUCAACAAGUUCGUACUUUUAAAAUGUAUGGUAAUCCAUCAAGUAAUAACAUGCAAUAUGGUGCAGGGCAACCAGGAGUAUUGAUGUCACCAGAUUUAUCCAAUAGUAAUGGUAGUGGUAAUACUCCCAAUUAUCAUAACCCUCAAUUGUCAAUUACACAAAUUGGGUUCCCCAAUUCAUUAGACUUUGCCUCUGAUCUGUCCAGAGAUGAAAAUAGAAAUGUUAAACCACCCCAUUCCUAUGCUACAAUGAUUACCCAGGCAAUUUUAUCCACAGGCGAAGGUGUUAUAUCAUUGGCAGAUAUUUACAAAUACAUUUCUUCGAAUUAUGCCUAUUAUAGAUUUGCCAAGACGGGUUGGCAAAAUUCGAUAAGGCAUAAUUUAUCGUUAAACAAAGCAUUUGAAAAAGUUCCAAGAAGACCAAAUGAGCCCGGUAAAGGUAUGAAAUGGAGAAUUAGUGAAGAUUAUCAGAGAGAUUUUCUCAAUAAAUGGAACUCAGGGAAGAUUGGUAAAGUGAGGCGAGGCUCAUCUGUGGCAAGACAAUUACAACUACAUCUCUCUAAAUUCAAUUCCUUGCCAGCUCAAAACGAUUAUACACCGGAGCCAACAAUUAUAAAGCAACAGAGCAUGGCUCAUCGAAGGGUUAAUACAGCAGGUAGUGUCGAUAGAAUGCAAUUAGAUACUCCUCUAUCUGCAUCAUCUGAUAAUGCAUCUCAACCGCAACAUGUACCAUCUCUACCACAAGCACAAGCACAGGUGCAACCGCCCCUACCGCAACCACCACUGCAACAACAGCAGCUGCAACAGCCACAUCAGAGUUCACAACAUCAACCACAGCAGGCACAAUCGAUAAAUCCAUCACAGCAACCCCCUCAAUUGUUGCAACACCAACAGCAACCACAACCACAUCUACAACAACUGCCACAACCACAACCACAACCACAACACCACAACAACCACAACCAACAGCAGCAGCAGCAACAACAACAACCUCAGGCACAACGACAGCUACAGCAACAAUCAGGACCAUCUUUACCGCUGCCGCACCCCUCCUUACAGCCACCUACGGUAAUGCCACCACCACACCAGGCAGUAUAUUCUCAAAAUCCACUUCCUUCUUCUACAGCAGCUUCUGCAGCAGCUAGAUCAAGUAUUACACCAUUAAUAACGACGGCAACAGGGACUGGACCUACACAGAUUUCACCAACACAAGGACCAAACUUAUUAAGAUCACCUACAAAGGCCUUCCACAUUACCGCAAUGGAAGCAUAUACACCCGAGAGAGGAUCUGCGAAUCAAAAUAGAUCACCAUCUGCAAACCAACAACAAAACGAUCCUGAAAAUUAUCUAAGUAAAGAUCAAAAUGCCACUGGUAAAGUCGAUAAAGGUAGAUCAAGUCCUGGUGUUUGGAAUUUAUUACAAUUUAGUUCUGUUAAUAAUACACCAGCAGUACCUCAAAGAGAAAGGAACAAUACGGCAAAUUCCAAUCCAACUACAAAUGGUGGGGAAACAAAAGACGUUGUAUCCUCACCUUUAAAAAGUCAAACUACGCAGAGUAAUGGCAAGGACUUAAUGCUCGAUACUGAGGGGACAAAAAUAAGUCUGGUCAACGAUUAA